GAUGAUCGCUAGGGAAAUGAAAACGUGAAAUUAAGGACUAAAAAAAUAGAUUAUAAUCCUUCAGGUUGCUUAUGAUGCAAUAGUGCCUUACGAUUUGCGUUUCCAUUCUUGACAGCCUUGUAUCUGCUUAUCGCUGUGUUCCUCUUUGCUUUUACUUAGUGCAAACGCAAUGCCACGAAAUCCCCGUGUUGUCGACAGCUCGCUGCAGGAAGAACGUUCAACAUCUUAUCAAGAAAACGGUGGAUUUUCUAACCCAUCCCCUUCGCCAACCUCAUCGGAUAAAGAAAACCGUGCUACUCGCCGCAAGAGAGGCCAGACGCAGACAAUGGCCUCUGGUGGACGUGCUUCGACGACGAAGCGGCAGCGGUUGGCAAACAGAACGUCGAACAUCCAGGCUAGUCAGUCUCAAAUACCUAUGUCGCAACAAGAAAUCGACACAAAGUACUACGACCCGGAUCAGGAUGAAAAUGAAAGAAGACGGAUUCGCAAAGGACUGCGCGACCUAACACGGGACCUACACGAUUCCCGCAAUGAAUACCUGCAGGCGGGGAACCACGGAAUUCGCGAUACCAUUUUUAAAGCGAAUGAAUUCUUCGAACACGUCAAGCAGACCUCCGAUGCCACGAUCGAUUCACGCCUUCUGGUCAGCGCCGCUGACCUGUCGCAUAAAAAGACCGCACAACUGUCUCUUGGCGAUGCCACUGCAGGUAUCGACGUGGAUGAGUUCGUUUCCAAAUGCAUCACAUUUAUGCGCAGGGGCCCGGAAGACCCGGCUGCACUCCCUAGCAGUACUCAGCGUCAUCGUCACCGCGCUUCCGGCAGAACACAAGCAGACCCUGAGGAUAGCGAUGAUGAAGGCGAAGGAAUGAACUGGGACUGGCUUGGACGUGCUGCCUGCUUCCGUCAUAAUGCUCGACCGUCGAUUUCUGGUUUUCUGCUGGGUCCGUUGUCCGUUCAAAAGCGCACUCGUCAGGUGACACAGCGGAGGGCAAGAGAGCGCAUCGAUCCCUCCCAGGCUGUUCGGCCACAGGAGCUCCAGGAAGAAGACCUUGACCAGCAAGAGACAUCGAACCUUACGACCAUGUGCAAAAACAUUAAUACUCUUCUCACGAAAACACAGCGUGAUGGUGAAGAAAAUGUGAACCGGGAACUAUCAUCACUCGAGGAAGAGCCUAGUGAGGAAAUGAUCCAGGACGCAAUGCAAAAGUACAAUGUCUCCGACGAUGGUGGCGUGCCACUUUUCCGCUUCUGCAUAAACCCAAAAUCAUUUGGACAGAGUGUGGAGAAUUUGUUCUAUCUGAGUUUCUUGGUCAGAGACGGCAUCGUUGGUUUAUCUAUGGAUAGCCGGGGUUUACCAACCUUACAAACCUCACAACCGUAUGUGCCGAGUGAAGCUCAGAAAAAAGGCGUUCAAAAGCACCAAGCCGUCUUCAGCCUCGACUUUGACACAUGGGAAAAUCUGGUGGACGCCUUUGGUAUUACUGAGUCCAUUAUCCCCCAUCGCAACGAAGAAGAACCACAGCGAAACAACAGACGGGGAUGGCACGGUUAGACGUCUUGCUUUGCUUUUAUUAAUUGUUUAUAUUCGAUUUCGGGUUUCAGGGUAGGGUUUUAGCUGGAUGAGUGUUUGGUUUCUCUGAUAGAUGCGAUACCCCUUUUGGUGUUUCGAAAUGUUUAGAGCAUUAUGGCUUUGAUUCUUUUUUGUAUGUAUGUAAUUAUUUUUGCCUGAUGUCUUAUGUCAAUACGGUGUAUCUGGCCAUGUUUGAAAUAAUGAAGCCUACCUAAUCAUGAUUAUGAACCGGAGUCCUGCACUGCCACUAUGGCUAUCCAGUCCAUCCGGUCAUAAAUGCUAUGUUAUGCAUGUUGCCCAAAUUAAGCUCAUAUCCGCGCGGAUAGAAAAUCCCCGUGUCCCGAG